AUGGGUCAAUCCUCCACGCGUCCCCUCGACUCUCCGCCCGGCCUCGGCGCGGGCGGAGGCGAAGGCUCGGAGCAGCGCGAGCAGCGCGAGCAGCGGCGCAGCGGCGGCGGCAGUGGCUUCCACAACCUGCAUCUCUCCCUCGGCGGCGGCGGCGGCGGCGGCAGCAGUCGGGAUGGCGCCUCCAGCGCCGGCCCUUCUUCUUCGUCGCCAGCUCGGCCAGUCUCGCCUUCCCUCUCCACCGUGCCCGCGGCCGACUUCGCCCUCGGCCACCUGCCGCCUUCGCUCGCGCAGCCCACUCUGCCUGCCCCGUCCGCAUCCGACGCCGAGACGAUCGAGGGCCACGUGGUGCCGCAAGGCGUCUACCCCGAAGCUCCGCACGACUAUCACCGUCUCGUCGUGCGCGCCCAGAUCCUCAAGAAGCGCCUGGCGCCGUUCUACAAGCCGCUGCCGGGCACCGAGGAGCCCGAGGGAAGCGAGGAAUGUCCCAUUUGCUUUCUGACAUACCCGGCGCGCAUCAACCGCACGCGCUGCUGCAUUCAGCCCAUGUGCAGCGAAUGUUUUGUGCAGAUCAAGCGCCUCGAUCCCUCGCACACCAACCCGCCCUCCUCGGAGCCGGCGGCGUGUCCGUACUGCAUGACGCCGCCAUUUGGCGUGCGCUACACGCAGGGACAUGGCAAGGAGGAGGAGACGAGCGCCAGAGAGGCAAAGGACAUUGCGGAAAAGGCAGCGGCGGGCAGAAAGGUCGAGGUGGAGGAGGGCAAGACGGAGGAGGAUGUCGUCUGGAUCGACUGGGAGGCGAAGCUCGCCUCGGCGCUCGCCACGCUCGCCCGGCGCGCCAACCGACGCAUCAUCAUGCGUCAAGUCGGCGAGCGUCUGAUUCCCAUCGGCGUCAGCUCUUCGCGCGUCGGCGCGGAUCUGCCACAGGGCGAGGGAGCGGGCGGAGCCAUUAUCCUGCGCGAGGGAGAGCGGUGGGGAAGAGAGGAGGCUGCGGGCGCAACGAGCUCGAGCUCGAGAAGGAGGCGAUUGCAGGCUGCACUGUUGGGCGAUGGACCGGACAUGGAGGAGAUCAUGAUGAUGGAAGCCAUGCGCCUCUCCUUGCUAGAGCACGAAGAGCAACAACGUCGUCAAGCUGCCGCAUCCAAGGCCGCUGCUGCUGCCGCCGCCGCCUCCUCCUCCUCCUCCUCCUCCUCUUCUGCACAAUCUGCCGCGGCGGCUUCUCCCUCGAGCCACAGCGCUGCGACUGCGGCCGUGCCAAGUUCUCCAGCACAGCAGCGCUCCUCGCGCACGCCAGCCUCGCCGACGACGCCUCAGCCUCCAGCAAGCACUCGGUCUUCUUCCCAUCUCACUGCAUCCUCUUCCGCGCGCGCGGACGUGGCAAGCAGUAGCUCUGCCUCGCCUUCUGAGCCCGCGCAGCUGCAGCCGCAGCCUGCGCAGGCGCAGCCGCAGCCCCUCGAUGCACGUCAACUGGGUCUCUCCGACGCCACGCUCGCCGAGCUGGCGGAGCUCGUAGAGGGCGUGCCCAUUGCGCUCGGCGGCUCCGCCGUGCCUAGCCAGCCCACUCGUGCCGCCUUUGCCGAUGGCACGACGCGCAACCAGGCGCCUCUCCCGACGACGCAGACGCCGAGGAGCGGCAUGGCGAGUGCGCCGCCGCAAAGCGCACCCGCCUCGCCCAGUCGCGUGGGGACGAACCCGAACAACCCGUUCCGACGCCUUGCGAGUCCGCCGGGAUCGCCGGCGCCGGGACAGAGUCCGUUGCGCUGA